UUACCAAUCAUUUCCGUAUAUUCUGAAAUUCAAAAAAAAGAAAAACCGAAACGUCAAAUUUCAACUAAUUGCCAUUUGCCGUAUACACUGAACAUACCGCGCAACAACUGAUUUAUUUUUAAUUCGCCCAGUUUUUAUUUUUCUGUUACAUAUGCGUUUGACAGAGCCGAAUAAUAAAACAUUUUUUCAGGAUUUAAAAAUACGUAGAAAUAUAAUAAUGGGUAGAUUCAGAAGAUUUAUGAAUAAAAAUGCCAUAGCGGUGGUUAUGAUACCAAGUAUUAUUUUACUUCAUUAUGGUUGGAGCGUGAUGCAGAACAACCGGUCAUUGGUGUCGGAGGAUGAACAGAUAGAUCUUCCAGUUGUGACGUUUGCGAAAUACUGCUGGAAGCGUAUAACGGAUUUACAACCCAAUAUUGUCAGCAAACAGGUUGAAAAUAAGCCCAUCAACUCAACCACUCAAGAUCCGAAAUAAUAAAAAAUGGAACAGCCGUUAUUG